CUCCAUGUUCUCACAUUCAUCACCAAGCAACUAAGAUACGGUCUUUUCGCCUCCUUUCAACACCCUUUUGGCCUUUUAUUCUUCAAAGCCUCAGAGCAAAGCUUGAGGACGUGAGAGAAUCAAAGGGUUGAAAUUCUGUGUGGUUGUUGUUGUUGUUGGAGGUUGAAAUACAAUUCCUUCAGACACCAGGAACCUGACCCUAUAAACCCUUUUUUGAAGCUUCAAUCUUGAGUCCUAUGGCGACUUGGGUAUUAUCAGAAUGUGGCAUGAAGCCUCUUGCUCCAGUGUUUCCUAGACCUAGAAUUGGGGCUGCUUUGUCCAGCUCUUCCAAGGUUGGAUUUUCGGACACAAACAAGAGUGUUGCUGAUCUUAAGUUUCAACCUUUGAGAUGUAACCUUAGGGAUAGAAAUUGGGGGUUGAAAGUGAGUACCCCUUUGAGGGUUGCUUCCACUGAAGAGGAGGAGCAAACUAAUGUUGUUGAUGUAAUGAAUGGGACUAAUGUGGUUGAUCAUGAGAAGCGUCUAGAAUUUGAUCCUGGUGCUGCACCACCAUUCAACUUGGCUGAGAUUAGGGCUGCUAUUCCAAAGCAUUGCUGGGUGAAGGACCCUUGGAAGUCCAUGAGCUAUGUGGUGAGGGAUGUCAUUGUUGUCUUAGGAUUGGCUGCUGGUGCUGCAUAUCUCAAUAAUUGGUUGGUCUGGCCUCUCUAUUGGGCUGCUCAAGGCACAAUGUUUUGGGCUCUGUUUGUUCUUGGUCAUGACUGUGGUCAUGGAAGCUUUUCAAACAACCCCAAAUUGAACAGUGUUGCUGGGCAUCUGCUACAUUCGUCAAUUCUAGUACCGUAUCACGGAUGGAGAAUAAGUCAUAGGACUCAUCACCAAAAUCAUGGCCAUGUUGAAAAUGAUGAAUCUUGGCACCCGUUGUCUGAAAGAGUGUUCAGGAGCUUGGACACUGCAACACGUAUGUUAAGAUUCACUGUCCCUUUUCCACUGCUUGCAUAUCCUGUUUACCUUUGGCAGAGGAGUCCUGGGAAGACUGGUUCUCACUUUGACCCUAGCAGUGAUUUGUUCCUUCCAAAUGAAAGAAAAGAUGUUCUUACUUCCACAGCUUGUUGGGCUGCUAUGUUGGGAUUGCUUGUUGGAUUAGGGUUUGUAAUGGGUCCAAUUCAACUGCUUAAGCUUUAUGGUGUUCCCUAUGUGUUAUUCGUUAUGUGGUUGGAUUUGGUAACUUAUUUGCACCAUCAUGGCCAUGAAGACAAGUUACCUUGGUAUCGUGGAAAGGAAUGGAGCUACCUUAGGGGUGGUCUAACUACUCUUGAUCGUGAUUAUGGAUGGCUUAAUAACAUUCACCAUGACAUUGGAACUCAUGUCAUUCAUCACCUAUUUCCUCAAAUUCCACACUAUCACUUGGUCGAGGCUACUGAGGCAGCUAAGCCAGUGUUUGGAGAAUAUUAUAGAGAGCCAAAGAAAUCAGCUCCUCUUCCUUUUCACCUUAUUGGGGACUUAAUAAGGAGCUUGAAGACUGACCAUUUUGUUAGUGACACAGGAGAUGUUGUGUACUAUCAAACUGACUCUGAGAUUAAUGGCUCAGCCAAAUCAGAGUGAAGUUUAAAAUUCUUUUCUAUAUAUAGACAAGAGAGACAUAGAUGCAGUUCUUAAGGUUGUAAAAUUGUAUUGAGUUUCUCUUGAAGUUACUGCACUUACUUAGAGUUGAAUCCUUCAUUUAAUAAAGGGAUGGAUGGAUCAUAUAAUUUUAUUGUAACUGCAUCAUAGAGUGUUUAGGUUAAAUGUAGUUUAUCCUUUUGAAUAGUAAAUUCUCUGUAUAAAUUGAUUAUAUGAUAUAUAGUGAAGUGAUACCUUGGAUUAUGAUUAAA